UCAUCUCUCGGCCACGGAGAGCAAACUACAGCAGGACGGGAAAAGAAACAGUUUGAGCAAAAAAAGGAAGUUUUUUCUUUAAAGUUCUGCGUUCAGUCUCACUAUAGACGCCUCUCACUCCAACCUCCCGCUGCACAUUUCCUUUUUAUCAUCACUUCCUUUAGCAACCAAAAAUACUGUGCUGCUGCAAGUAUUUCACAUCGCUCCUUCUACUCUGCAUGGAGGUACUUUCACUUCUUCGCCUCUUGCAACCGAGGGCACUUUUCUCUCUCUGAAAACUGCAUGUACGAUAUCAAAACGCCAAACCUGUGCCUGUUUUGAUAAGCAUAUCUUGCAACUUGAAUGUCUUUACAACUUGGACAGAGAGAGUGGAGCAAGCAUAAAGGAACUGGUUGGUUUUUUUGGGAGGUGUCUGAGGAGGUGACUUCAGGAGGACGCACCAGGAUCAGAGCGCUCCUGGAAGAGCUCCGGGAAGAGGAGGAGGAGGAGGAGGGUGCGUCACACUGAGAGAAAGCAUCCUCCCAGCCUUCUCACUCUCUACACACACACACCCUUAACACAACGGGGCCACAGUAAUCUUAAAAAAUUACUGUAGAGGCAAGAAUUUUAGCUAAAUAAUCACCUGCAGUACCAUAAAGAUUAAGACGUGAAAAAAAACAAAAAAACAAUCACACAAGAGAGAGAAAUUCAUCACUGGGUUCCACAGACAUACUACAAGUGAUUAAAGAGAUAUUAUAGGAAUAUUGUAGAGUUUAUUUGUCAGAGGCACGCGCACACACGGACACCCAGGACGCCCAGCACGCCGCCGAAGAAUGGAUCUCCCUCCAAUCAGAGGUUUAUCUGAUGUGCCGUGAGCGUUGGGAGCAUCUUGCCCCAGCCCCGGCCUGCAGCCCUGCUACCACCCAGCCUGGUUUACCAGGAUGGACCCUGCUCAUUCCUUCAGGAUGGAGCCGGAUGGGCUGGAUCUCCAGCAGGUCCCAGUGCUGUCACUCGACCAGAUACGUGCCAUCCGGGCCAACAAUGACUAUGUGGACAGGCCCGUGGCACUGGAACCGGCAACCCAGUCCGGAUUUUUCUAUGCCCAUGAUGACCGUUACCCUCAUGGAGUAUACUCCCACCACCCCCAGCCUUCCUUCCACUCAGCCCUGCCCCGCAGCCAAAGUCAGCAGCAGCACGCUCAUCUGUCCCACCUGAGCCGUUCCAGUACCAUAAGCUCUUCCAUGUCUCGGACCAGCGCCAACUCAGACCAGCGGUUACUUGCAGGUUUGACACCAUCACACUCUGGCCUAAGUUCGGUGGUCCGUUCUCAGCCUAAAGGAGAACUCAAGCCUGAUGCUUCCUUGGGUAAAGGCCUCACAGAGGACGAGGCUGAGCUCAGCCGUCAUUUGUUCAUCUGCGAGCGGUGUGGUCGCUGUAAGUGCCAAGAGUGCUGCGCUCCCCGUCGCCUGCCUUCCUGCUGGGCCUGUGGACAGCGCUGUCUGUGCUCUGCCGAAAGCGCAGUGGAAUACGGCACCUGCUUGUGCUGUGUUAAAGGCCUGUUCUACCACUGCUCUGCCCAGGAUGACGAGGAUAACUGUGCUGACCGGCCGUGCUCCUGUGCUCCAGCCCAUGCCUGUGCCCGCUGGGGCACCAUGGGGCUGCUGGCACUCUGCCUGCCCUGCCUCUGCUGCUACCCCCCUGCCAGGCUGUGCCUUGCCCUGUGCCAGUGUGCCCAUGACCGAUCCACGCGCCCCGGCUGCAGAUGCAGCAACACGAACACGGUGUGCCGCAAGAUUUCCGCCUCUAACCCCAACCCUGGUCAUCCCUCACUCCGUAGCAAGGCCCUGGAGAAGCCGUUAUGACAGGCCUGGAUGGGGGCCAGGUAAAUCCAUUUCCCCUCAGCUGCCGCCAAAGCUACGCUGUCGCCAACAGUGCCACAGCCGACAUUGUGAUGACAAUGCCAUUGUGACCCACCUUUACAUAUGACAAGCCAACCAACCAAUUGUUAAGUGUUGCUCACCUAAUGUACCUUGAAUUUACUUCUUCUCCAGCUCAGGAGGGACCAAAGCUUUACUGUGCCUGUUCAUAUUGGAGACUUCAUGCCUAAAAACAAAAACUCAUCCUGAAGAAGAAGAAGCUGCCGUGCUUGCUGGACUGCCCUUCAACCUUAACCAAGACUUCCAGACAGAAAUCUCUUCUGUCUCGCAUUCUGUGAUGUAAUCUGGACGUGUUAAAAUCUAUUUAUUUAUUGUUGAACCUCCUUCCUCCCCACCCUUUGCAAAGAAAAGGCACAGAGCACAGAAACGGGCGAUGGACCAAAUCAGGAAGGAAAGAUGCCUGUGGCGAUGUUUAUGGCCAAUGCCAGCCUUGUUUCUGUCCUCUAGAAAGAGAUAAUCAGAAGAAGUAUGGGCGAUUGAAGCCUUAGACCACAAUUACAUUCAGAAACCUCCACAAAAGGUUCAAGAUGUAUUAAUGAAGAAACCAACGCUGUGCUGCGGUCAAUAUCAGACUCAGACUCUGAGCAAAGCACUGAGGCAUAAAGUGAGAACAAAGACACUUGUAACACACCUGUAACAACAGUUUGACACCAAAAAAGGGACCAUGCACUGUACAAACUGCGUGAAUUUCAAAGCUAUUAAGCUCAUUUGUAAAGGAAAAGCACUGUGAGGUAGAUUGACAAUGUUUCCCCAGCAGCCUAGAGUUGAAUGAGAGGUUAUUUAACCAGAAGGAGGGUGCAUCCAUUGUGACUAGGCAGCGUGUGUGUGCACGUCUGUGUCCUCCUACUGUUCAACAAAAUGUGUAUGUAGAGCCUGUGUGUAUGUUAUUUUGUCAGCAGAAGAAUCCUCCCUUGUCUUAUUUUUAGCAGCGCUGCUUCAGUGGAGCUCUGAGGGUCUGGUCAGGUUUCCUCCAGAAGUCAGUCUGUCGCCAACCACCCUCCUCUGACCGACCUCCUACACUGCCCCCCACCUCCAUCCAUCUCUCUUCCUCUUCUGCCACACCUAAUACACUCUCCUCUCAUCUUCAAAUCUUCAUCAUCAUCGUCUCAUCUUUGCGUGUCACUCGCAUUCAGGCAGUUUUUCAGCAGAUUUUUAAACAAUUUUUUUAUCCAUUGGCCAUAUUCACAAAACAUCUUAAGGCUAAGUAGCUACUAACUAAGUAGGAGAAAAAAUUAAACAGAUUAAAAAUGAAAAUACUAGACAUGCCAGUCCACUAAAAUGUAAAUCACUAAGCUUUUUAGUAUUAAAACCCAGCUUUUAGGUCUCGGGUGUUAGGGGUUGUCCAGAGGACUUUCAAACUUCCAAAACCAAAAAAGUGAAGCUAUGCAUUUGCCUCACCAACAAAAUCGAAACAAUUCAAUUACCCUGGAGAUCAAGGUUUGCACAACACUCGGCUAGUUGGCCACUCGAAAAAUUGAGUUAUGCAGCUUAAAUGACCUUUGAAUAUCCCAGCAGUCUGUCAGGGUUAACCCCACCCCUUCUCAGAAGCUCAAGCGUGGAAGAUACUAUAAGGCCGUUAUGAGCUUGAUGAGGCUUAGGUCGGUCUAUAUCGGAUGCCCUCUGCCACAGCGCUGUACAACUUGUUGCUCACAGCACAGAAAAUCGUCUAGUAAGCGACACAGAAAGAUGAAAAUCUGUUUUCCUCCUCUUAUUCUCCAUUUUUAAAUUACCACAGCACACGAAGAAAAGCAAUUACAACUAAUCCAACAAGGGAUAGCCAGCUGACAUGAGGCGUAUUCCCCCCCACACCCUUAUAUCCCUCCUGCCUCGUCCGUCUCUCCUCUUACGCUCAGAGGGCUAAAAGCUUCCAGUUCCUAGUCCAUAGAGAGUUGAUCAAACUGGCAAUUAGCUUCAUGAUAGCUCUUAAUGGGCUGGAGAAGAAUGGAGCAUGGGGGGAGGGCGGGGGGGUAGUGAGGGGACAGGAUGAGUAGAGUUGUGGUGUUUGGCAGAUGGAGAGAGGGAUCCUGGGAAGGAAGAGAAAGAAGAGGGGUCGGAUGAAGGAAAGGAAACAGAGGAUGUCGAUGUUGCCAUUAAGUCAGAUGGAGACCAUGAAUGCUCUUUUUUUUUUUUGGGUGGACAUGACUUUCAAUGCUUCUACUGAACUUAAUCAGCACUUCAGGUAACGUAAAUACAACAACAGUGCAUGGCUCUUCUAAGAGGGAAGGAUUCAAAGCAGAUAAAAAAACACCACAUACAGCGUUGGGUGUGUGCUUGUGCGUAUGCUUGUGCGUAUGCAUGUCAGGGUUUUAAGCGUGUGUAUGCGUGUGUGUUCAUGUUUGGAUGCAUAUAGGCUUUUCUGUGUGUGUGUGUCAGGGUGAGUUACCUACACACAGACCUGAUUUGUUAAAUGUUACUUUGCUAUAUUUUUAUAUGUAAAUAUGGGCUAUUAACUGUAUAUAUUUACAUUCUGCUUUAUUUUUAUUUAUGAGAUUUAUAUUAUUAGGGCUGUUUUCCAUUAUAGUGAAUAUUUACUUAUUUACUGUCCACUUGUGAUCAAUUCAGGAUCUUUUGGGGCAACUCUAACAGCAAACACUGAACAAGGACUUGCUGUAUCAUCAGUUCAUUACCAUGUCCCUUAGUAUUGCUUGAUUUUGUACCUUUUUGAUUAACAUUUCUGAGAUCAAAUACAUCAAAAACUAAGUUCUGUUCUUCCCUGUUCUUUCUGCUGGCCUGAAAGCAAACAAAAUUAUUAUGUGUACAACAAUUCUUCUCAGAUGAGUGACAUCAGUGCAGCUGUAGCAUGAAGUAGAGUUAUUGCAGUUUUUGCGACAUAGAAUAGUUUGACACACUUUAAAAUGAAGGCCUUAGUAUGCUUUAAAGGAAGUGCUUGUCAGUUAAGCUUGAUUUACACUUCUGCGUUGAAUCUGCAGUGUAGUCUAGGCGUAGCCUGAUGCGCACCUCUCCAAAAAUGUAACUACAUGUAAGAGCCACGUGGAGCGUGAGAACUGUGAUUGGUCUGCUGGGUAGCCUUGCAUUUCUUCCAAGCCGACAGGAAGUGCUGCGUGCUUUGAAGUAAAUUUUACUAGCGGCCAAUCCAGCGGCUGUAACAUGGAUGGUGUUCACAACCCACGUGAAAUAACUCAUUUCACUAUCAAAAUGUGAUCCAUUCAGUUGAUUACAUUUCAAACUAAAAGUCUACAAUAGCCGCACGAUUAUCAUUUAACUACUAUUCAAGUUAGCGGAGGGCUAAACUUGAAGUUAGCCGUUUCGGCCGGUAAAAGUCAACACAGUGGCUACAUCACAAACUAGCGUUUUGUAGAACGACGCAGACACCAAUGCACAAGUGUAAAUGCACGGCUAGCUUACGCUGUAGGCUACGACAAAGACUCGACGCAGAAGUAUAAAUCAAACUUUAGUCUAGCAGCACCUUAAACCCCUUUUCUUAUGGCCAAAUUUAGAGGUUGUGUGAGUUAAUUUUGUGAUUUGUCCUGAUGUAUACCGUUCCACUUGGUGUGGACACUUUUGCCUGUAGAUGUGGUUGGACAACAAGUUAUACCAACAACGUUUGAAGCAUACUGAGGCCUUAAGGCUUAAAUAGGGUUUGUAAGUUGACAGAACUACUCUACAAAUUGAUAAAGUGAAGGAAAAAAAAAAAAAAAGAUAAAGCAAAAUGUCAAAGAAAGAUAAGUUGGCAUUCAUUCAAAUGUAGACUCCCAAUACGGAAACAUAAAUGUUGUAUUCAAUUAAUGUUUUAUGGUUUAUGUUUCAUCAGUAGAUCAUAAACAAGUAAAACAAUAAGUACGAUUUAGUGAAGAAUGUUAAAAAAAAAAACCAAUGAAUUAAAUGCAUUACUGCUGUUUGCUUUCAGGAUGUGUGGAUGUUGCCCCAAAUAUUUCUGUGCCCAUCACUUAUUUCACUUUGAUAGAUUGGCAACUAUGGAGGACCACACUCAAUUCAAACAUGGCUUUCCCCGCUUUUUUAAUGUUGCACCAUUUUUAGUGUAAUCUAUGACAUUAUCAUUAUUAGAAUUAUUGGCAACCAAAAAUCAUAAUCUAUGUAAUUGACACCUAUUAAUGCAAAUUACUUAGAUUGACAUGCUAAUGAAUCUGAAAACAAUUUUUCCCCCAUAUGUUCACUUUUCAUCCAUAGUAAGAAGUGUUUUCAACCACCCAAAGCAGAACAAGUGGAAAAAAUUGCCAGUUCCAAGUGGUAGUAUAGACAAAAGGAUAAACUGAGCUUUUUGAAAACGCUGAUGUAUGCUUGUCAUGGGAGACAUUUUUGAUAAAUUGCUGGCACAUUCUAUCCUGCAUGCAUGCUCUGUGAAUGACAAACAAUGCUUCAAAAGCAGCAGAAAACCACUUGGCGGCCAUGUGCAGACGCUGCUGGUUCAACUUGUCUGCCUGAUAAAAGAAACAAACACUUUCUUAUUGUUGUGGUUCUUGAGAACAAUAAUGUGAACAGAAAACUUUCAAGAUGGAAACUUUGUUUUCAAAUUUAACUGCAUUACUGUGGUCACAGCCUCAGAUGGGUUCUCCACACACACACACACACACACACACACACCCCCCCCCACACAUACUGUCUUCUCUAAAUUGGCUGGAUAACUUCAGUCAGAUCUUGGUGCUUGGAGUGAUGAUUUGAGGAACAUUUACUUGUACCUGGAUUGUUUUUUUUUUUAUCUGAGCUAUAUUUACAGUGACCGUGGUUUAAUCGCAACCUCUUUAGUAUGAUGUUUUGUUUGUACUACAGAUACACGCAAGUAUUGUGGGGUACAAGGCAAAUCAACCUUCAAUAAUUCUCAUUUUAAAUGAGUCAGAUUUCAAAUGAUUUUGUCAGAGUUCAUGUUUAAGCAGUCAAACUGUUUUAUGCUGUAUAUAUCUAAUGUCUCUUCAGAUAUUUUGUUUUUGUUAGAUCAACGAUGGCAGUAGAGUGUCACAUUUGGCAUCAAUAAAUGAAAAGGAUGAAUCUAAACAGGAUUUAAUGGGAAAUGAAGGACAGUCAUUACAAUUACAGCACUUGUGAGUUUUCAACACCUUUUAAAAAUACAUUUUGGGGUUGUUUUGGGUAUUUAUCUCUUGGAAUAGUCAAAAACUACACUUAUUACUGGUGUGCAACUUCUAUAACUCACUUCUGCUGACUGCGAUGUGUGUAUCUGUAUGUACAAAUAAAGCGUUCCAAUAUAUAAAUCUUUUACUUCCAAGAUUUCCCAAACCUUUCUGACAUUCCUCCCUCAGGACAGGAGCUCACGUCAGGAACCUGUCUGAUGCUGUACGUACGCAGGCUGCCACUGUAACCACAAAACUUCUCCUCGUGUCUUAGCAAGCAUUGCUUUUGGUACAAAUUGGCAUUGUGUAUGUUGUAAAAGAAUUUAAGGAGAGUAUAUGGAACAAAUAUAUAUAGAAAUCUGUCUAAAAUCAAUAUAUUAUAUAUGGAACAAUAUGCAUUUCACACUUUCUUUUUCACUGCUGAUAUUGCUAAAUGGAUAUUUAUUUAAAUGGUUGCAACAAUGGUGUUGAUGAUUGAAGUAUUUAUUUUACAGUGGUCAGAUGAGAUGAAGAGCACCGAUGUUGUUGUUAUUUGUCUUUUGAUUUUGUUUAUUUGUUCCUCUUGGUGUGGUGUGGCUGCUGCUACCCUCCUGGCUAAAGAUGAACUAAUAAAACAGAGUUUCCAAACGGAACAAAUGUGUA